GUGCCGCUUACAGAAGCAGUGGACCCGGUUGAGCUGGAGGACUACCUUAUUACACACCCGAUCACAGUGGAGUCGGGGCCCCUGCGAGACUUGCUGGAGUUUCCUCCCGAUGACAUCGAGGUGGUGUACACCCCCCGGGAAUGUCGAACGCUUGUGUCGGCCGUGCCCGAAGAGAGUGAGAUGGACCCUCACGUGAGGGACUGUGUAAGAAGCUACACGGAAGACUGGGCGAUUGUGAACAGAAAAUAUCACAAGCUGGGAACUGGAUUUAAUCCCAACACCUUAGACAAACAGAAGGAGAGGCAAAAGGGACUCCCCAAACAGAUCUUUGAGUCUGAUGAAGCUCCAGAUGGCAACAGUUACCAGGAUGAACAAGACGACCUUAAACGACGUUCAAUGUCGAUCGACGAUACUCCCCGGGGCAGCUGGGCAUGCAGUAUUUUUGAUCUGAAGAACUCCCUCCCAGAUGCCCUUCUCCCAAACCUGCUGGACCGAACCCCGAAUGAAGAGAUCGACCACCACAAUGAGGACCAGAGGAAGUCCAGUAGGCACAAGGAGCUUUUUGCACUGCACCCAGCCCCAGAGGAGGAGGAGCCUAUAGAACGACUUAGUGUCCCUGAAGUACCCAAAGAACACUUUGGCCAAAGACUCCUGGUGAAGUGUUUGUCCCUUAAAUUUGAAAUAGAAAUUGAGCCCAUUUUUGCAAGUUUGGCUUUGUAUGAUGUUAAAGAAAAGAAAAAGAUUUCAGAGAAUUUCUACUUUGACUUAAACUCGGAACAAAUGAAGGGAAUGCUUCGUCCACAUGUGCCCCCGGCAGCUAUAUCCACGCUGGCCAGAUCUGCCAUCUUUUCUAUCACCUACCCCUCUCAGGAUGUCUUCCUGGUAAUAAAGUUGGAAAAAGUAUUACAGCAGGGAGAUAUUGGGGAGUGUGCAGAACCUUACAUGAUUUUUAAAGAAUCUGAUGCAGCAAAGAAUAAGGAGAAGUUGGAAAAACUGAAGUGCCAGGCAGAACAGUUUUGCCAAAGACUAGGCAAGUAUCGAAUGCCUUUUGCCUGGACAGCCAUUCAUUUAAUGAACAUCGUGAGCAGCGCUGGAAGUUUGGAAAGAGAUUCCACAGAAGUAGAAGUUGGUGCAGGAGAACGAAAAGGGUCGUGGUCGGAGAGGCGGAAUUCCAGUAUUGUCGGGAGGCGUUCCUUAGAGAGGACCACCAGUGGGGAUGAGGCUUGCAAUUUGACCAGUUUUAGACCAGCUACUCUGACAGUGACAAACUUCUUCAAACAGGAGGGCGAUCGCCUGAGCGAUGAAGAUUUGUACAAGUUCCUUGCUGACAUGAGGCGGCCAUCGUCAGUCUUGCGGAGACUGAGACCUAUCACAGCUCAGUUAAAGAUAGACAUCUCUCCAGCUCCAGAGAAUCCCCAUUACUGUCUAACUCCAGAGCUGUUGCAAGUCAAACUUUACCCAGACAGCAGAGUUAGACCUACAAGAGAAAUCCUGGAGUUUCCUGCCAGGGAUGUCUACGUUCCAAAUACCACGUACAGGUUAGAGUUUUGA